AUGGAUUAUUUGAAUCUAAAGCCCCAUGAUAUUUUUAGAGAAAUAACUAAAGAUUUGUUAAGAGGCGAAAACGUUAAAUUUUAUUUAGAAUCGAGAACAAGUCAAGAAAUAUCAUGUGAAGAAAAUCAAUUUCUGGAAUUCGUAAAUCAGUAUUAUAUAAAUAAAAAAAGAAGUCUAGACAAUAAGCAAAGAUGUGACUAUUUUAAGAUUCCAUUACUUAUAGAUUCAAAUGGAAAAAUUAUAAAAAUAGGAUGGUCAUUAGAUUGGGAUAAGAAUUUGAUUAAUUUUAACUCUGAAUCAGCGAUGUUCUUAUCGAAAGAAUAUAAGUUUAUUUAUUUGUACGCAGUAUAUGAUAAUUUUAAAGACGAAAAUAUAAAAAUGAGAUUAACUGCUGGUAGUAAGCUUCAAACGGAAAAACGUGAUCCUCAGUCAAUUACCCUUAAUUGUGGAUUCUAUGAAACAAAGGGGACGAGAAGCUAUAUGGAGGAUAGAACAUUUUUGUCGUUAGAUGUCUUGAAUCAAGAGUCAAAUACUCAAAAUAAGAAACCUGUUAUUUCAUUUUUUGGAAUUUAUGAUGGACACAAUGGUGAAUUUGCCGUGGAUUAUUUGAAAAACCACCUUCACAAAAACUUUUCACUAUCUUUUAAUCUGCUUAACUAUGGCGAACCAAUUCAAAACACUGUAAAUGCAUUGGUUGAUUCAUUUUAUUUAACCGAAAACCAAAUUAAGAAACAAUAUUUCAAUUCUAAUGAUAAACAAAUUCUGAAAGAACUUGAAACUAUAAUUGAUCAAAAACAGGGAUUAAAUAUCAAUUCCGAAGCAUCUAUCAAGGGCCAAAAUAUUAAACAUAUAUCGAGCGGAUCUACUGCAAUUGUAUGUUGUAUUACUUCAUCUACUUUAUGUAUUGCUAAUCUUGGAGACAGCCGUGCAAUUCUUUGUAAAUGUGGGCGUGCUUAUUCACUAACCAAAGACCACAGAAUAAAAAGUAAUUUUGAAGAAAGAGAGAGGGUAAAGAGCGAAGGAGGAACUUUUGAUGAUGAAGGAUAUCUUUCUGGGAAUCUUGCGGUUUCUAGAGCAUUUGGAAAUUGGGACGUGUCUAAUGGAAUGAAAUUACAAGGUUUAAGCUCGACCCCUGAAAUUUAUGUUCAUAAUAUCACUCAUGAAGACGAAUUCCUUUUAAUCGCAUGCGACGGAAUAUUUGAAUCAUUUAUGGAUCAAGAAGCAAUAAGCCUUAUUAGAAGAGCUUUAAUAGAGAAUAGUGAUCCAAAUGUCGCGGCUGAAAAACUUAUUUCUGCAGCACUUCAAAGACAGGCUCUUGACAAUUUAUCAACUAUUAUUGUUGUACUUACUCCUCCAAACUAUAUGACAAUAGGAAAUAAUAAUUCUUGUGUUGAUACGAACCCAGAAUCAAAGAAAAAGACAAAUUAUGGUCAUAGUUCAAAUAGGAAAAUAUAUAAUUUUUCUAAACUUAAGAAUUUACUGCUAACCUAA